CGUAUUCAUAAAUAAUGCAUCGAAGGUCUCGCCCUCUCAGCUCUCUCAAGCGAUGAAGAAGUCCGCCAUGGUCGCCGCGCCCUUAGCAGCGAUCCUCGUGCUAGUCUCAUGUCUUCUUCCUUCAGCCACGGGGUCCGGUGAUGGUUACCCGAUUACAGUCGCGUGGAAGAUAGAAGGCAUGGGGUCAAAAGGUAUUGGUCUUCCUGCAAAGAUUUCGAACAUCAAAGUCAUACUUAAUGGUGGUCAAAGGGUCUCAUUUGUUCAGCGAGAUGGUUACUUUUCAUUCUAUAAUGUACCAGCUGGCACUCACCUGAUUGAAGUAACCGCACCGGGUUAUUUCUUUUCACCGGUUCGUGUUGAUAUCAGUGCAAGAAACCCAGGUAAUGUUCAGGCAGCACUAACGGAAAAUAAAAGGGCUUUGCAAGAACUGGUUUUGGAACCUCUAGCAGAAGAAAAAUAUUAUGAGACAAGAGAGCCUUUCUCUGUAAUGUCUCUAGUGAAAAGUCCUAUGGGCCUGAUGGUGGGUUUCAUGCUCAUUGUGAUGUUUGUCAUGCCAAAGUUGGUGGAGAAUAUGGAUCCAGAAGAAAUAAAGAAAGCCCAAGAAGAGAUGAGGAGCCAAGGAGGGCUAGCUGGUAUGUUGACCGGCGCUGCUACUGGAGCUACAAGGAGUAAUUGAUAGCGGAAAAAUUAUGCAACAACAAGCUACAGGUUGAUCUCACUAGCUGUGGGAAGUACUAGUUUUCCGAAACCUGGAAAGCAAUUAUAUCUUCAAACUCAGUUGCUUCAUGGUUUGGAUUCUCAUUAAUUAAAGAUCGAAGAAACCCGCGUGAAUCAAAUUUUUGUAUUAUAUUUUCACAAGUCAGUUUUAUGUCUGUUAAAUGCCUUUCCCCAUCGCUGUGUAGUUGUAUAUUUAUUCGGAAUUUUUGACACCGAGUGUUUUGUUUGAUCAAAAUUGCUGCUCCUCGAUGCUUUAUAA